UCAAUCGAGUAAACAAUAAGUAAAAUCAUGAGAACCAUAUUUGUCUACCUUCUCUUGGCAUACUAUUCCUAUCAAGCCUCUUGUCUAUCGAAUAAUGUGGUCGAUGAUACAAAUAUUAUUAAUGAAUUAAAGAUAACUGCUCGUUCUAUGAUUAAAGAUCUCAAUCAGUAUCAAAAUAAAUACCUAUCUGAUUCAAACCUCAUUUUAAAAGAAGUUCAAGACGACUCAUUGACCAAAACGAGCGGAACUAUGAAAUAUGUGACUAACAGCAUUAAGACUGCCGUUAAAGCAGUAAGUGUAACAGGAAAGGACGCAGCUUCUUGUCUUGAAGCCUGUAGAAUCAGCUUGAGGGAUGUAAACAAGUCAACAAAUAAAGAACUCGACCAAUGUUAUCAUGCAUUCUCAUUUUACAUCGAACCAAUUCUGAAAGAAAUCAGAAGCACUAUUAAGAAAGGCGAAAACAUUUUGAGUGACCUAGAAGACAUCACCAUAGGCUGUACUAAACAUGUUUCGACGGGAGACUGCUUAUCUGAAAAACUCGAUGAAGUUGAAAAGACCUUAAGAAAUAUGCAAGUUCAUAUAGCUGGGAUAAAAAGUACAGGGUCUUCCGCAAUGAACAAAGCAAAGACUGUUGUCACAUCCUGUAGUGAAAAAGCGGUGCGUUCAAUGCACGUAGAAGCUACGUUUAAAAUUCAACGAAAAGCGAAUGCCUGCGUAAGAAACAUUUACAAACAGGAUUAUUAAAGGGUCCGAUUCUGGGUUAAGUUUUUUCUUCAUAAAAAAGAGAAGCUAAUAAAAAAUUUUCUUUUCUUUUUUAUACUUUAUAUGUAUAUUAAGUAUUGUUACAUCUCCUAUGAGCAUGAAUAUAAAUUAAUAUGCUGUGUAUGUAGAUUAGAAAGAUUAUAACUUAUUUACCUUUAGAAUAUAUUUUUAUAAUAAAUCAUAUUUUAGCAUGCUCAUCUUUGU